CGGAGAGGGAAGGAGGACUUCAUCUUUUUUAAAUUGUCAGAUGGAUCCCAGUUGCUGGGUAAGGUGAAUUCAAACAUUCUGCUGCCCUGUUACCAGAACCAGAACUCGGGAUUCGUUCUGACCGGCACGGUGACGUGCUGCCUCUUCUUUAGCAGUGUUAUACUUCAAGCCUGUCUCGUUAGAGGAUUUCUCCUAACGGAAGGAUGAGGUCUUGAAGGUGAUGCUGGUGGCAUUUCAGAAACGCUAAGUAUGGAGGCUUACAAGGAGUGAUUUCUUUUAUUAUUAUUUUUUUUUUUACUGCUGAAUUUACACGGCUGUAGAGAGUGGCAGAUCUGCUCGAUAACUGACAUGAAGGCGUUAGGGAGCAGAUGGAUCCUUGGGAUGUUCUCUUGUGCUUUCUGCCUUCCCCUGGCAGUCUCCUUUCAAAAAGUCACCAUCCCGGCAGAGCUGAAGUCGGUAGUGGCUAAAGUCGCUGUGAACGCCACGUCCUGCAGCGUCACCUGCGGGCUGGGCUUCAAGCUGGAGGAGAUGUGCGAGAUCACUCCGGCCGGGGAGAGGAGAAACUGCACCACGCGCCGCUCCCCCUGCCUCACCACCUGGGGCUGUGGCUUGCUCCACUUCACCGUCCCAGUGGGCAAACCGUUCACCUUCAGCUGCCUGAGCUCGGACACGGCUGGCUUUGUUAGCGGAGCCUAUACCUACACGUGGAGGCUCGCCCCAGGCCUCAUCACCAUGAACGACGUCCUGUUCGGACCUUUCAGAAACCCUGGCUAUGUCGUCAGGUUUUCCCCCACCAGGGAGUCGGACGCGGGGACUUACCGGUGCGAUGUGCGGAUGCUGAAGACGUUCAGGGUCAUCAAGAGAAUCUACUUCGGGGUGAGAGUGAUCCGGAAUGACUUAAUGGAUCUGGACUUUCAGAAGUCCUUGACUCACGAGCAGAAGCUGGCAGCGAAUGAGGUGGAAGGAAUCAAAGGAAACAACACCCACACAGAAGGGCGGCAGCAGCGGCACUUCUGGCAAAGAAAAUCAUUUUAUAAAUCCCUGAUAGGAAUUGGAAGCGGAGUGAUGGGAGUUGUCUUACUGAGAGCAGCUCUCCACUCGCUGCAGAAGACUUUGAGAAGGGAUGCAGAGACACAGCCUGAGCUUUAA